CUGGUAGUAAUGAUGUGAUGGGUUGAUACAUGAAAAAGGUUAAUAGAAGUUAAAGGGCGGAAAUUUUAGGAUUUUUACCUUCAAAAAAAAAAAAAUGGAACUGUUCCGCACCAACGAAUUCUAUAUUUUCAUGAAAGGGGAACAUUCUUUGUGGCUGGACCGAAAUACGGGGGCCUUUAUUCCAAAAACUGGGUGGGAUUUACCUGAUGCAGAAGACCCAGUAUGCCUAGGCCUAUGCGACGGUAUCAUAGGAAAAGUAGAGCACAUCCCUCUUUUCGAUGCUCGCCUAUUGCUCAUCAAAGAAAGUUCUCUAGUGGGCAAACUGCAUGGUAACAAUGAUGUUUUCAAAAUUAAAUCGGUGGUAUUUUUACCUCUAAAUUCGGAAAAUGUAGAGUUGAAUCUUAGACCUUGCUCAAAACAUCAAGGUAUUGUUACUCUAAAAAGGCCAACCAAUCGGAAUGCAUUGUUAGAGUUACAAAAAAAUACAUUCAGCAAAACAUGGGGCACGUUAAAAGUUGCAGGAAAUACUAUAAAAAAUACUACUCAGCAAGCUGCAGCAAUGGCUGCUGGCGGAGCACCUAGAAGGGACAUAAAGGACAAAGAUAAAUUUGAAAAACAAAUUAUUGAAGAAUUUUAUAAAAUAUUUACAGAAUCAAAUUCAUUUUUCUAUUCUCACACAACAGACCUGACGAAUUCUUUACAAAGAUUAUGUCAUUUGGAGAAAAAUAAUUCCAUUGAUCUAAAAUGUCUAUGGAGAACUGCUGAUGAUAAGUUUUUCUGGAAUAAACAUAUGCUUAGUUGCUUAUUAAGGACUGAGAACACAUUGUGUGACCCUUGGAUACUGCCAAUAAUACAGGGCUAUGUGCAAAUUGAAGAUUGUAAAGUUGAAGUUGGGCCAUUUAUUGGAGAAGAAGAUAAAGAUAAACAAUAUGAAAUAUUCACGCUUUGUAUUCUUUCUAGAAGGAGCAGAUUUAGAGCAGGGACAAGAUAUAAACGCCGAGGUGUAGAUGACCAAGGUGAAGUAGCAAAUUAUGUUGAAACAGAACAAAUAAUUACAUACCAAUCACAUGAAGUUUCAUUUUUGCAAGUCAGAGGGUCUGUUCCAGUUUAUUGGUCCCAACCUGGAUAUAAAUAUAGACCACCUCCCAGAUUAGAUAAGGGUGAAAAUGAAACUAGGAUAGCAUUCGAAAAACAUUUUUCUGAGGAAAUUAAAAAAUAUGGACCUGUUUGCGCUAUAAAUUUAGUUGAUCAAAGCGGGAAAGAAAAAGUUAUAUUUGAUGCCUAUUCAAACCACAUGUUCUUAUUGGACAAUCCAUUUAUAACUUAUGUUACAUUUGAUUUUCAUGAAUAUUGUAAAGGUAUGCAUUUUGAGAAUGUCUCUCUUUUAAUUGGUGCUGUCGCUGAUGUUAUUAAAGACAUGAAUUAUUGCUGGAGGGAUAAACAAGGUCAUAUUUGCUCACAAAAUGGAGUAUUUCGUGUUAAUUGUAUGGAUUGUUUAGAUAGAACAAAUGUUGUUCAAACUGCUUUGGGAAAAGCUGUAAUGGAAAUGCAAUUUUGCAAAUUAGGUUUGGUAUCACCUGAAGGAGAAAUUCCAAGCAAUAUCAAAAACACUUUUCAACUUUUGUGGGCUAAUAAUGGGGAUGCUAUUAGUAAGCAAUAUGCUGGAACUAAUGCUUUAAAAGGUGACUAUACUAGGACAGGAGAAAGGAAAUUUACUGGUAUCAUGAAAGAUGGAAUGAAUUCUGCAAAUAGAUACCUUACAAAUCAUUUUAAGGAUUCGGUGCGGCAAUGUGCACUUGACAUAAUGCAUGGAAUAAAAUUAAUUGACUAUGAAAUGCAAGAUUUUUGGACUUAUUUACGUAUAGCCGGUUGUAUUGCCAAUGAAUAUCUUCCGAAAGAUCCACCAAAUUUAGCACCCCAUCUUGCCUUACAACAAGAAUUCGAACUAUUCAAUCUAGUUUAUCAAAUUUCUAGGUAUUAUUUAAGUCGUUUCAAAGACUCAGCUCGUCAAGGAACUAUUGACAUUAUGCUUGGAAACUAUGUACCGGAAGACCUAUUCAACGAAGCAAAAUCAAACUUUGAAGAAGAUAACUUGGCUACGGCAGAACAUGUGAAACUUUUAAUAGAAGAUUGUAAAAAAAUGUUGAUUAAUCAACCAGAGUUAGUUGUUGGGGCUUGGGGUUUAAUAAAUGCUGACCCUAAUACUGGGGAUCCCAGUGAAACUGAGAUGGAUUCUAUAUUGAUUCUUACUAGGGAUUCAUAUUUUGUCGCGGAUUAUGAUGAUCAAGUAGAUAAAGUUACAGAAUAUCAAAAUGUUCCACUAAAAGAUAUAUAUUUACUAGAAUUUGGCAUGCCUCAGUCUGCCAGCUCACUUUUUAAAACCACUAAAAAUAAAUAUUGUAUAAGAAUAAACUAUAAAGUUAAUGGAGUAAGUGGAUACUACCAUAUGUUUCGAUCUACUCAUUUGAGAUUUUUUAAUAACAUAGCCAUUGUUAUAAAAAGUGUAGAGGAAGAAAUAGAGUCAUUAAAGACCAUUUGUGAAGCAUUUUCUGUAGCAAUUGAAAUAGCAGAUCUUCCAACGGUCCGCCUCAAUAUGGGUCAAGCUUUAGACAGAAGAAAAUCUAAAAUUAUACAAGAUAGAACUACAAGCAAUAUUUAUUUAGAUUUAGUAAAUAUACCUCAAAUUUCUAGAAAUGUUUCCGAGACUCAGUUAUCUGCUAUCAAAAGCGCAGGUUCAAAAGCAUUUUCAAAUAUGCAACAGCAGUUUUCCAAACUCAAUAAAAUGUCUCUAAAAUCCAAACUCAGAAGUAAACCUAGCUUUACUAUAGGCCAGAAAAAAACCGAUAGUUCAAGUGAUUCCGAGGAGGAAUAUGAAAAUUCCAUUUUUCAACCAAAUCCUUCGGAAGAUAGUGGAUCAGUCAAUUAUGCUUCGGCUUCCAGCCUCAAUGUAGAACAAGGACUAGAAUGUACAGAAUCUCCUAUAGUUGGUACCGAUGACGUCUUCUUGCCCAGUGUAGGAAUAGUCAUGGGCCAGACAAACAACCAAAACGAUACCAUGGAAAAUGAACCAACUCUGGAACAAAAGCAAAAUUUGCUCAGUAGAGUUGAUUCCUCUCAACUUGAUACAAUGCAGCUGUCAAGUAUAAUGCAAAACGUUUCAAUGGGUGCCAUGCCGGAAAUCCAGUUGAAUUCUGAACAUAUGUCGUCGUCUGAUCCAAAAGCUGAACCCCCAAAAAGCCUUAAGCUAGACCAAAAGCAUAGCCAUUCAUCUGGCGAAAUCGACGACCCUAAUAUGAUAAUCGAAUACAAAAACGUUGCCGAUUUUGAAACUACUAUGAGCCAGAGCCAAAGUGAUUCAGGGUUAAAACAAAGAUUAACUCAAGUUGCCAGCCCUGUUUCUACUGCUAAAGAACUAUUUUCGCCUCUUAGCAAACUGGCUAAAGGAGUGCAGACUUUUGGUGCGAAUUUGGAUCCAAGGAAACUUGGCGGCCAGGUCAGGCUAGUUUCUCCUAAGGAUUUGGAAGAGCAUAGAAAAUUGCAAGAAAAAUGGAUAAAUAGCAAAUGUAGAUUGAUCGCACUGUAAGUUAGUAGAGUGCGUACGUGUUUUUUAGAUUCACAUUACAGUAUUUUGGAAAUAUUGCAAUUUAUAAUUUAAUGGAUCUAGCAAACACCUUAGAUUUGGAAUAAACCACUUUUGAUGCUGUAAGCUUUUAUUACUUGAGCACUUAAGGCCUAAUGGAUUAUAUAUUUUUUGUUUGAUAGGCGUGUUUUAGAGUAGAUCAUUGUAGUUUAUAGUGGAUGCAACAAAGGAAAUGUUUUACAACAUUGUCAAUUAUUUCCAGUAGGCAUAGGUACCUGAAAAUCAAUACAGUCAAAAGUUGUAGACGCUUUUCGCCAGAACCCUGUAGUAUUCACCAUCAUUAUCUUUAACAAGUUUUCACAUGUCUGGCCAUCUGAUUAAAUAUUGUCACUGUUCCCUAGAACUCUUGUAACAAACAGGAACCAUCAAAAUUUUCAGCUACAUGAAAGAAAAAUAUAAAAUAUAAAUAUUCAGAAUUAUUGCAAAGUGGAUAUACAUGGUGUUUGCAAAAAGCAUUUUAGACCCAUGUCACCUGUCAAAUGUUGAAAAAACAAUCUAGGAAGAAACAAAUUGCUUAGCGCUGGAAAUUGUAACCUUCCAAUUACUCAUGAAUGUUUUUUUUUUUCGAUAAAAUACAUUUGAAGAAUCAGUAAUUUUAUUAUAAUAUGAUCAAACUGGGAGUGGUGGUUGAUUGACUAUUCAGCUUUUGAAUCUCACAUUUUAUGUGAUAAUAAUUUAUUGUUUACUUAUUAUUCUAUUCCGUAUAUUCCAUUUCAUUGUUAUUCUUUUAAAAUGGAACUUCCAAUGUAAUAAUAAAUAUUAAUUAAAAUAACUACAAUUUCAUUACAAGGUAUUUAGGUCAAUUGCUUAUACCAAAGUGAGCAUAGUGUUAUUUAUAAAUAGAUUUGUGGCGAUUAGACAAUAAUUUCAUUUGUCUAACCUUCUCAUUUUAUUGUUUUUAUACAAAUAUUAUUAUACCUACCAUAUAAUAUUAUAAUAAGCAGUAUUGUAACAAUAGCUUGAAAUAAUUAACAGUAUCUAUACAAAAUAUAGGUACCUACUCAAUGUAUACAAAAUCCUCAUAAAAUCCAAUUAGGGAUUUCUGUUUAAAAAAAAACACUUUUUCAAAACUUUAGACCAUUGAGUAAUAAUCUGCAUUUUGUGUUUCAAUAAUUAUUGUUCUCAAAAAUGGACUUUAUAGAAGUUUCAUUUGAAUGAGGGAUUAAAUAGAGAAUUAUGCUUCAUGAAGUAGGAAAUGUAGUGAGUUUGUUGUGACAAAACAAAAAAAAAAAAAAAUAGGGAAAAGCUCAAAUGAAGUUUAAUAGAGAAAAAUAGUUUGUUGAACCUUGAAAGCAAGUACUUAGACAUUCAUCUAUUGUUUCAAAAUUUAUUGUUCCGGUUUUUAUUCUGCUUAUCGCUAAGUACCAUAGAAUGUGAUAUUAAUUAUAAAUUUCUGUUUUAAUAAAAAUAAAAAGUUUUUUUGAAGUAACUCAA